AGGUGCCACUACCAUUGAGAAGUAUGACUUGAGAACAAACAGCUGGAUACAAAUUAGCACCAUGAAUGGUAGACGCCUGCAAUUUGGAGUAGCGGUUAUUGACAAUAAACUUUACGUGGUUGGGGGGAGAGAUGGACUGAAAACAUCAAAUACCGUGGAGUGUUUCAAUCCGGCAACAAAGGUUUGGUCUAUAAUGCCUCCUAUGUCAACCCACAGACACGGUUUGGGUAAGAAUAAUUAAGCUAUUAUGGAAUGCUAUAAAAUCUUUUACAAUAACUAGAAUAAUUUAGAUGCUGUGUGAAAAGCCUGCUGUUUACAAUGUUAAUUUACUUAAUAAGGAUCUAUCGUAAUUGAGUUUUUUGUUUUCAGCUCCUUACACACAGUACAGUGAUGCUGGUAGCUUUAUUGAUUAAGUAGAUCUUCCGUGCAAGCUUUUAAGGCUACUCAGUUUUUUCUUUUCUGGAAUGUACACCUAGUGUGUUUAAUAGAAUGUAGUCUUUUAUAUAAAACACAAGUGUUUUUCUUCAAUACCAUGUAAUGCAUACAGCAAAAGAUGGCAUUCCGAAUACUAAGAUACAUUCUAUUAGGGUUAUUCAACAAACUCUGAAUUUAGCAAAUUAAAUCCAAUUGGCAAAACUGAGACUAAAAUAACUGAUUAAGUAUAAAAAUUUCACUAGACAUCACACCUUGGCUAUAUUACCCUCAGUGCUGCAAUUCAGGUUUGAUGUGCUCUAAUUCAGUGUUUAGUUUAUAUUCCUGUGUGACUCCAUACAUUGACUACAACCCCACCUGCUGUUGGAGUUUGUCAAAGACACUCAUGAGAUGUCUGAUGCUCCAACACUCUACAAUAUCCGCAAACUUGGUGAGUCUUCUGUUUUAGGCAGAAUUAAAUUAUUGUUUGUAUGCCUGAUUAUGUUAGAAGAUAUGAAAUACUCAAUAAUAUGUAACUUUGAAAAAAAGGUUGUUUCCUUAGUGGGAGGUGAUUAUUUUUCCUUCAGGUCCUACUGAAUUCUUCCAUAGAAUCUGUUCUUUGAUAUAAGAAAUAGAAAAUUAGAUAGAUAGAUAGAUAGAUAGACAACAUUCAUUAUGAAGGCACUAACCUUCAACUCAUGUCCAGCUGCUCCAGAACAAGAAAGCAUAUAUGUGUAUUUAACCAAGGUAGCAAACAAUGCAUCAGCAUUUUGAACUCUGACUGGUCCUUUCUAAAGUCAAGAUUCAAGCCUUGAGAAAGGACCAGUCAUGGUAUGACAUAGUGACACAUCCAUUGCUACCUCCUAUGGAUUAAAUACACAUAUACUUUUUUAAAGAUGUCCUGUGAUUGCCCAUCUUAUUAUACUGAUGUGUAAAGUGUGUAUAUAUGAAAACAAACUCCAUUUAUGUCCUAAAACUAAGACCACAUCUCACAAGCUACUGAUCUGUUGUUGUGUUGUUGUUGUUGAGUCAUCAACACCAGAAAUAGAUGUCAUGUAUAUCCAUACAACAUGUCUGCCUAUGCGUUAACAUGAUAUGACUGCUUUCACAUUGAUAUGACAUAUCUGCCCAUACAUUAAUAUGAUUAGAGAAGCAUAUUGAUUAUAAUAUACAAAUAUUGCUUUUCUCAGCUUCCAUUUCUUUGGAAUAAAAAUAUAUCAAUCUGAUAAUGAUUAAUAUUGUAUUUUGAAUAAUAUUUAUUAAAUACUGAAAUUUUGCAGAAAAAGACAGAAGCUUAAAAACAAAAACUCAUGUACAAAAGGAAAAAAAAACUGCAGAAAACAGUCACAUUUUCCUAGAGUGGGACCUUACAACAAACACCUAAAAUUCACUAUUGAUUUUAAUCAAUAUGUUCUUUUUCAAUAUCGGCACCUUUUGCCUCCAGCCAGAAACCCCACAAAAUGGCUUUGUAUAAAUAAACUAAAUAUUGUACAAACAAAAACAUAAACAAAAUAUUUUACAAAAAUAUUUCAAUAAAUAUUUUAGGGAUUUACUUAAUUAUUAUCAGCAUAUCCAGCAACCACACAUAAUAUCUUGCACGUAGAAAUUGAGAUAUUCCACGUAUCCCACACAGAAAACAAACACACUAUAACUGAAGUGAUAUUAUUGUGGGCAGUUUGUAAAAGAUCAGGAUCAAUAUAUGUAGUAACUCUUAGCACAGAUCAAGCAAACCAAUUUACCAGUAUUGAAGUAUUGAAAAUCACUGACUGCCCCAAACCACAAGUGUUAACUGUCAACAAUGAACAGAGCUACUAAUUAAGUAAGUAAAUAAUAAGACAAGAGUUAUAAAUCUUCAAAGCAUAUAAAUAUAUUUUCAUCACGCAGGAAGCGGGGCAUAUGCAAAACACUCCAUACUCAGGAUGUGCUUUUUAAAUUAAUAAUGUUCCUUUGCUAGCUAGGGUGAUUAAAUUUGCAAUGUACUAUAAGUCUACAGAGAAAGAAUAGCUUUAAUUUCCAGUUGUUUAAUUAGUCUUGAUUACAUCAGCUGUAAGUUUGAUUUAUGAAUACAAAUGUUCAAACACUUGGUUUUCUCAUACAUGACUAAAUUAUGCAUUGAUUAUAACUUAAUUGCAGGAGUUGCUGUUCUAGAAGGUCCUAUGUAUGCCAUCGGUGGUCAUGACGGAUGGAGUUACCUUAAUACCGUGGAACGUUGGGAUCCCCAAGCGAGGCAGUGGAAUUAUGUAGCCAGCAUGUCAACUCCGAGAAGUACUGUGGGAGUUGCAGCAUUGAACAGCAAGUAAGUAAUUUACGGAGGAAUUCUAUCUAAGGUUUUUGUGUGCGACAAAUAGGUACGUAAAUGCACACAUCUUUUGUCAGGGCACAUUACACAUACUAUUCAGGAAAUGUAUGAAAGCAAACCAUCUGUUUAAAGUGCACCCUUCUGGAGAACAUAAACAUAGUGUUUAUCUCCACAGGCUAUGUACAUCGCAGUCCUUAAAUCUGAGAAUGUUGCAGAUUCUGUCCAUCAGAUUCUGCGGGUGAGUAAACAUGAGUGACACUACAAAUUGAUUCACCAGUCAAUUUGUCAACGAUUUGUGUUCGAGAAUAUGCUGCAUAAGAAAAGAAGAAGAACUUGCAGGAUGUGUCAUAGUUUUAAUAGCAAAGGUGCUAUUUGAAUAACUACAUAAAAAAGAAAAAAGAAAUCCAAGGAAUUCAUAUAAUCAAUAACCCCAUACCUCGUGGGAAUUUAACAGCAGCUCGGAACUUCAACUGUAAAAAACAUUUCUGCACAGGGGAAAAAAACACACAGGGUGCUUACUCAUAAACAAUGAACAAUUUAUUUGCCUAUGACUAAGCACCCUGUGUGGAUGCAAAAUGUGUUAAGUUUAAAUGACUUAACCUGCUUUUGCUGAAUUGCCCCAAUGUCACUUUUUGCUGCUUUGGGACUUAUUAUUUCUUUUUCGACUAUUUUUUUGCAUAAAGACUCUUGUUCGACCCAAGAAAAUAAUUAUAAUAGAAAUAUUAAUACAUUUUUAGAGUGCACUUUUAUUUAGGGUAUACUCUUCAGAUUGAGUUAUUGCUGAUAAAUUAUUAUUACUGAUUCUAAAUAAAGUGGUCCCCUGUUCCCCUGCAUACAAUAGCAUCUAGCUGCAGCAAUUUGGAAAAAUUGCCACAGCUAUAAGCUCACCCCCUGACUGUACGAUAUCAGACGAAGAAGCUAAUGUUACAAAAACCUAAUGAAUACUUGCUCAUCGUGUACAUGCUAUAAAAGUCCUCAUUGACAUAAACUAGGUACAAAAAAAAUGGGGGAUAAUAUCUAAUGGCUCACAGCACAAUAAACACUACAGUGAGAUGUGGUGGCUACAGUUGGUAGAGUUUUCUUUUAACAAUUUUUCACUUUUACAAGGCUAUCUUAGAAGAAGUGGCUUUCUUCAGAGGGUAAAAUGCGUGAAAAUUUAAUUUAUAGGUUAUUUACUACUCACCACAGUUUCAGUGCUAAGCAUUCUUCUGAUAUGCAAUCAAGGCAGUUUUUGGAUUCAGCUUUGCUUAGUGCUGCAUCUGCAAGGCAGGCUUCACGCUCCCUUUGUGUAGAGAGGCAGCUGAGCCAUUAAUGUUUGCUCUUGGCAUGUCCGCCCCUGAUUGCCAGUUUAAGUUCCUCUGUGUGCAUUUUACAAAAGUCAGUAAAUGAUAGCACAAUCACACAUUAUUUAUUCAGGAGGAAUAAAUAAACUAUUUAAAGGUCAGCUGCAAAAUUACAUUUUUUUUUUUUUAUAUUCUGAAAACUGCUAGAUGGUGGUAAAGUUUUUUUUGCCCAUAUGGGCUAUCUCUACUGUUUAUUUUUAUUAAUGAGGUAUUAUGUCAUGCACAGCAUCAUCACAUUUUCUAUAAUUUUCGAGUAUGCCCUCGGAAAAUCUGUGUUCAUUUGCAACUUAAUGUAGUACACAUUAAAAUGUCAUAAACAGAAGUAUCAUACCAUAGUUAAUUAUGUUGAAAUUUUACUUUUAAAUACAGCUGUUUGAUGUGUUUAACUGGUUGAGAAGAGAUUUAUGAAUUGUCUUCCUCUUGGAAUCUUAAAGGGACACUUAAAGUACCAAAAUCCUAUAUCUAAAUGUAGUGGUUGUGAUGGCGAGAUGAUGUCCCUCUUUUCUGUGACAAAUCAAGACAUUAUUUGUGACAAAAGUGUAAAUGUUUUCAUUUGUCAGAGAAUAUAAUUAACAUACUCUAGAGCAGGGGUAGGCAAGCUUUGGCACUCCAGAUGUUGUGGACUAAGCCUUGAUCCUGGAGUACCAAAGUUUGCCCACCCCUGCUCUAGAGGCUCUCCCUCUAAGACUUUUGAAAAGCCAUAGGUCAUAGAUAUCAAAAUUAUUCCUCAUCAUCUUGCAUUGGAGUGAGCAAAAGUCAUCAAAUCUGAUGACCUCGCUGGAUGAAGCGCUGCUGGUAUGUGGAGACUGACUGGCUGCUUGAAUGUAUGUAGGUUUAAAACCAAUUUGUAUUGUUUAUUUUUAAAUGGUGUGAUAAUGGGUUGAUCAUAAACAAAAGGGGCCAGGUAAAAUGAGAAAAGGAGCCAAAUUUAACAUAUGUAAGUGGUCUAAGUAUAUAAGUAGAAGUGUUUACCAAAAAGUGGAUCAAUAGGCUACUAUAAGCAUCAAACAUCUUUCAUUGAAGUGGUCAUAGUGUCUGGAGACCCCUGGCACUGUCCUUCCAUUUUUAAUGUUUGAAUGCAACCCAUCCUAUUUGAAACAUCAUGUUGAGCUAAUAUUUCUAACCAAUUUCUUUGUAGAUUGUAUGCAGUUGGAGGAAGAGAUGGGAGUUCUUGCUUGAAGUCUAUGGAGUGUUUUGAUCCUCACACUAACAAGUGGAGUAUGUGUGCUUCUAUGUCAAAACGAAGAGGAGGAGUUGGAGUUGCAACAUACAAUGGAUUUCUGUAUGCAGUUGGAGGUCAUGAUGCACCAGCAUCAAAUCAUUGUUCUAGGUUGUCAGACUGUGUGGAAAGGUAAGUCUGCUUUGUGGUUACAAUGACUAAAACGGCAAACUUUAAGGGAUAGUCUAAGCACCAUACCCUCUACAGUUUAAUGUAGUUAAUAUUGUUAAAUUAUCUUUUGGCACCUUUCACUGUUGUUUUUGUCAAACUGUUUUGUUGUAGUAUAAACAAAACUAGGGUUUCCAUUGGCAAACACAACCUGCUUCCUCUUCAGCCAACUUGAUAAUUCAGAGUUUACACUAUUUGUGAAGUAUUAUGCCAUCCACAAAAUCAUCACACUUUAUAUAAUUUUCAAAUAUACUCUGGGAAAAUUUGAUAUUCAUAUCAAUUGCAUUCAACCUUCAUGGCUAGAAUAGACAAACUUGGUUAACUUGCCCUCAACUGGAAGACACUCAUAGACUAGUUGCACUAUAACUACUCUACUGACAUGUAGCAUUUAUGGUUCUUAAAAUACCCAUUUAUGCAGGGAGCUCCGUCAUUCACUCAAUAAGCCGCCAAACCCUUAAUUUGUCUUACAGGGCAGUUACUCCCAUUAGUAAGAAAAAUGUGUUUUCUUUUUAAAGACAACUCUUGAUUAUGAUAUAAACCUUUUGCUACCAAGUAAUUUAACAAAAAAAUACACCACCACCAGAAACACAGUUUCUUGGAGUCAUGUAAAGUAAAAAUGUCCUCUGGCUUUUUUUAUUUAGCUUACAUUGUAUGUUAAUCCCAAUAUAUAAAUAAUUAUAAAAUACUUAUGUAAAUUUGUGUUUUUGUAUUAUUAUAUUUUUACAAUUUGUGUAGAAUAAACACGUUAUAUACAGAGGUUGCGAUAGCUGCUGGCUACCAUUGCCUUUGUAUUAUAUAUGAUAUUGCCAAAACGAGACAUGAAUAAUUCUGGAGAAUGACGCCUUUUCCACAUAUAUCAUUUACAAAAUCUGGAAGUCAAGUGUACAGUAGUAUAAAGUUAGUACUCAAAAAUAUCUUAUUACAAAUGUAGAAAUAAGGCUUCAUGCUUAAUUUACACGCAUUUGUAUAGGGUGAGCGUAGCUUUGUUCUUUGCAUAUAUCAUACUUUUCCUAACAGUAUACAGAGUGCCUAGGUAAACAAAAAACUUGCAAUAUAUGUUAAUUGCUGAAUAGACUUACGGAUUUUUUUAAAAUGGUUGCUGUAACAUUAUUUCUUAAAUUCAAGGUAUGACCCAAAAACAGAUAACUGGACGACAGUGGCCCCGUUGAGUGUCCCCAGAGAUGCAGUUGGAGUCUGUUGUCUUGGAGACAGGUUAUAUGCUGUGGGAGGUUAUGAUGGACAAACAUACCUUAGCACUGUUGAAUCUUAUGAUGCUCAAACCAAUGAAUGGACAGAGGUAAGUGAAGAUAGGUAUCAUCCUAACCUAAUGAGACAUUCUCAGCUACAUAUCCACUAUACCUUAUUACAGGAGCCUUAGUUCAACGAGUCUUUGGGAGCUUUCUUUACUGUAGUCCAAGUCACACUGAUUUUGAAUGCUGAUAAAAACUGUGAUUUUCCUGGCACCCAAAACCUGGUCCCUUAGCCACAGAUGUAAUAUUGUGGAAAUAUAACUUAUGCUUUGCUUGUCCAAAUAUGAUAAACAUGUAUGGAAAUUAGAAGUUAUGAACUAAGGGGGAGAUUUACCCCAGUUCACACAGCCUAUCAUAAAUUAAUUAUGGGAGAUAAUAGAGAAACAAAACUACUUCUUUUCAAUUUCUAAGUCUGAUGGGGUAGAUCUGGUUCUGCUUACAUUAAACUCUAGUGGUCAUGGUGAUUAGAGUGUUACUUAAGGAUCAAUCAAAAUCCACUUAAAAGGCCCCCUUCAAACGUGGAUGGGACUUCCAUGUGAGAAGGCAAUAUAGGAGGGCAAGAUUAUGAGUAUACAAUAUCAUGAUUGCUCUUAGAUUUCAUAUACAAACAUUAUGUUUUAUAACAGCCAAUGCGUUUAUAAAUCUGCUAUAAGCUAACCACCAAAUAUUUUCUAGCAGAUAGUUGGUGAUAUAGCUGUAAAGUUUAGAGCCAUUUUCUGUAUAAGUAUGUCUGAUUUUCUGGUUUAAUUUUAAGGUCAUGUUGUCCUUUCAAUCUACUUAUUUGAUAUGACUUUAACUAAGUUGAGUGAUAACAUACUUCAAGAUUAGAGAAAUGUUCUGUUCCUGGUUAAAUACUUUAAUAUAAUUAUUAUGACUAUAAAUCACAUUCUUCAUUAUUAAUAUUAUAGCUAAUCCCAAAUAGUUUGUCUUUCACAAAAAGAAAAUGGCACUAAAACUUGCUUGAUUGAGAAAGUUUAUAUAUAUAUAUAUAUAUAUAUUUAAAAUACAAAUAAAAUAGCAUUACGCAUGUAGAAAUAUAUAUAUUUUUUUUGGGGGGGGGCAAAAACUCUUAUAUUUUAUGAUAGACAUUUUUGGGGCUUUCACAUGUGAGAACAUUCUAGCACACUAAAUCGAUGUUGUGGAACUCAAUAAUAUGUAUCUGGCACCCUCUAGUGUUACAUUAAAAUAUUGCAUUUCAAAAUUAGCUCACUAGAAUUGAACAAGAUUUGAUAUGAACAUUUUUCAUUGCUACAUUAACAUUAAAUGUUACUAACUAUUAUUUGAUUUUCUAGUAAAUAAAUUGUUCUCUUGUUAAACACUCCAAAGUUUUAAAAAUAAAGGUCUACCCUAAUGUGCAACUCUGAAUAAGUACUGAAUAAGCAUUUUAUAAAUAGCCCUUAGCAGUUGAUGAUGUUGUGACAUGUAAUAUAAUGUAUAUUUUUUUUAUUUGGUAAUAGGAUGUCUCUUUGAACAUUGGAAGGGCAGGAGCUUCUGUUGUUGUAAUCAAGCUACCAUGACAGAUAUUUUACAAGUACCCUUAAAGACUCUCUGCGAACGACAUUGCUCAGAGCUGGAUUUAAGAAGGCCAUAUAGACAUCAUAAGCAAACCUCCUCUUCUCCAGUCUUCUGUGACCUUAAUUCACUGGCCUUGACAUGGUGGGAACAUUAGAAAAAAAGCAGCCUCUGACAAUUGUCCUAUGACUUUAAUUAUUUAGGAUACAAUCUGUGUGAAAAAUAUUCAACUUUUUGAAAACAUUUGACGUUUAUUUGGGAUAUUGAUACAUUUCACACAUAGAGAAAACCAAAACUUUGUCUUUAAAAUAUAUUUUAUGUAACAUCUUUAAAGAUGACCUUUGCCUAGUUGCUUAUAUUUUAAUAUUUCUCAUUAUAUAAAAUGAUAGUGAAAGGGAAUAUUUUUUAUCAAAGGGAAUAUCUGACAGAAAAGGAUUAAAAAAAGAAAUGCUUGAUUAUUCAAUUUGUACAAACAGUUAGACCUUGUUCUGUGCUGAAAAGGGGGUGUGUAUCCAUGUGCAGGGUGACAAUGUAUACUCCUUUAUAACACCAGUUCUUAAGCUGUUUCUAAAAUUGUCUUUAUAUAAAUAUGUUCAUCUUAUCCCAUCAUAGAUUUUUUUUUUUUAAUCUGAUAUAUUGUACAUACAUUGUUUAUAAAGUUGUUUGAAACAAAAAAUCUACAGUGGGAAAAAGAGAAACUUAAGCAUUUAAAUAAAGACAACUUUAUUAAUAAAAAAAUACAUAGAAUAAUUAGAGCACUAUAUAGAAAAUACAAAAUGAUAUACUGACUUCCAGGCAUUUGUACUUCCAUGUUAUCCACCUUAUUGAUUUUUGUGUUUAAUUACUUUUGAUGGGGAUUGUAACCAACUUAAAUCUUAGCACAUUUAUUCAAAGAUCAAUUAACUAAUCUAACAAUGUUUAGGGGCAUAGGACUAUAAAAUGUACAUUUCAGCAUUUAAAAGAUUCCUUUCCAGCAAGUGUAUCUAUAAAAAGGCAUUAUACCCUUAUGGCAGAAUACAUUAUUUAACAUUCCAGAAACCCAACAACAAGAAAGGCACAAUACUAAGAAUCCCAGUUUGUUUUAAUUUCUGUGAUCUAUACUUGCCUAUAGGCUGUGUUAACAUGAAAAUGGCUUAAGUGGCUGUAGGGAACUAAGAGGUCAUUGAUUGUUUUUCAGAAGCUGGUAUCUGAUAAAUAUAGAUUGUUGUACUUUUAGGAUGCAUUUUCAACCAGCAAUUAGGGAGCUAUUCCGUUGACUUCAGAAGAAAAUGUAUUAUUUUAUAAUGCAUUAUUUUAAAGGUCACUGACUUUCAAAAGCUCAUGUAAUCGACUUAUUAUGACCCAUAAAAAGAAAAACUAUUGAAAUAAUACAGUAUUCCAUGUAGAUGAUUAUUCUUGAACAUUUGCAAGCAAUUACUAAAAUAACAAAUGUUUGCAAAUAUUUUUGUGCAUUAAGUUACAUUAACAUUAUCAGUUUAUCUUUUAAACUCCUUAAUGACCUCUCCAUUAUAUAACUGCAAUUCAUGCAGAAAGAGUUGAGGAGUUUAAACCCCCUAGAUUAUAAAACUAGUGAAGUCACAAUUCUGUAAAGGUCUGGAAACGUUUAUAUAUGCACUUGGGAUAUUGACCAAAUGUUUUUUAGAGACACAAUAGUGUUACCGAUAUUUGAGUUUAUGCACUUAGUUUAGUGUUCCUGGUGAUUUAAGAACAAAUUAGCAAAAUUUAGGAUUCACGUAUUUUAAUUAAAUCUCUAAUUCACCAAGUUUGAAGCCAAAGUAGCAAAAUCACCAAACUCAAUUUCUCUAUUUAAGGCUAUUUAAAAGAAAACAAGUUAUGUUUAUUUACUAAGAAUUUCAUUGUGGAUAAUUGAACUCUGAAAAAUGUAAUCCAUGUACACUAAACUAAGUAUAGAUGUAAAUGUAAGCUAAAUUGUAAAAAUUAUCAUAGGGUCGAUUAUCCAACUAAACUAUAUUUUACAAUUCCUUUGUCAAUAAUUUACCACCAAUCACCAUUUGAUGAAUCAACUAAUUCGCCACAAAACCCACAUACAUUAAGCAGUUACCAAGUAACCAAACCUCUCUACGAUACAAACUUGUAGGCUGAUAUUGCAGUCUGCAAAGAAUUCCUGUAGUGUGUGCAUUUUCUCUUCCUUUCUCUGUGGCUCUUAGAAUGCAUCAAUGAAGUCUUGAUCCAUGACCAUCACAAUUUGCUGUAGAAUUAACGAUGAGGGAAUGGGGCUACCAUUUACAAUCCUUACGCAGAGAUGCGGUGGUACAGAAUAGAGACCUGAUUUGUCUGCAUUGUUAGAAAUGGAAUAAAUAUGCUGUUGCUUAUUAGCUGCAUUUAAUUUUGCAUGGUUUUGCAAAGCAAAAAGAAAGUUAACACAAGUACAUUCAUUGUUAUAAGGAAGAAGUUAAAAAUGACCAUCACAAGACUCAGGUGAUUCUUAAAGUACCAUAUAAUGGUAGAAUUUAUGAUGACAGUUCCAAUUUAUCUAGAGAAAUUCUAAAAUUCCGACAACAGCAGUUCUCGAGCAGAUGGACAGCCCUGCUUUAGAGGUUAUUAUCAUGCCUACAGAAAUAUCAAUGUGCAAUCACAGCAGUAGAAGAACUGCAACAGCAAUAAUCAAGGUCAAACCCAAUCUACCAAGUAUCCAAUAUGGAAAGUUAUUUGUCUUGUUUUGCCAGAAACAAAAAUAAUAAUAGACAAAAAUGUUGGCGGGCUAUAGCUGGUUAUUACUCCCUGUUCACACAUCUUUACAUUACAAAGCUGCUUUUUUCUAGGAAAGUUAUUUUGCAAAUUGCAAUUUAAAUAACAAUGAAGACAGUCCUGCUAUUUAGCUACAAUUUAACUCCAGUUGGCAAGAACAAAAAUAUCAGUUGACGCCGUCUUAAUGUAAAUUGCUUUCUGUAGGAUUGAAACCUAUAAAAGCAAUGUUUGUUUAAUGUCUUAGAAAUGCCUUUAAUGGUAAUUGCUAAUUUUCAUAUUUCCUUUGGCAAAAUCUGUGUCCACAAUGUUUUGCUGUGACCACUGAUAUGUCUGACACAUGGCGGCUACACUAACAAAAUAUUUUGGAAAUAUGUUUCAUAUUUAACCCCUUAAGCACACAACUCCUGGAAUAAAAGGGAAUUAUGACGGAAUAUUUCCGUCAUGUGUCCUUAAGGGGUUAAAGCACAUUUAUAAGCUGUCGAAUACCUAUGGACAUGUUUACAGCUGUAUAGCACAUAGUGAGACAUAAAACUUGAAUACCACAUUAAUAAUGUCCCAUUCCCAGUCCAGUCUUUCCACAAUAAGUUUUGUUCUAUAAAGUUUAUCACAUAUUAUGCUGUGAAUAUUAAUCUGUAUGAUUGGAAGGAUAAACACUUCAAUCAGCUGAAGCAGUUGCAGUGCAUGAAUUGUCCCUUUAAGUAGAAGUAAAGCUAAGUGAGUUAGCGACUAAAAUUAAGCUAGUAGUGAUAUUUACCAUCGCACAUGGAAACCUGGUGUUAGUGACUCCUUUCUUGAUUACCGAAAGCAUUAUAAGUUAUGGCAGCCACUAAUCACUAGUCAGUAUCAGUAACGUUUUUUAUGUAACGUUGAAACAGACAAGAGACAAGCUUCAUCAAAUCAGGAUAAGUGACAUUGCCUUGUGCAGCACCUUUUACUGUCAGUAUGACCCCUGCUGGCAGAUAUACAGCAUUGCAUCCAACUAACAGCAAAAUGGAGUAUAACAGUUAGAACCCCAUCUUAAAUGAAUCAAGCUAAAUAUAAUUAUAUCCAGAGCUGUAGCCCCUAUAUCCUUCUAUAAAUACCUGUAGGAUAUUGAAGAAUUAGUACCCUCCUCCUAGCCUAUCACAAAGAUUAUGAAAAGCAUGCGAACUGUUAUUACUAGGGUUUUUACAAUAUUACAGAAUAAUAUUCUCAGCAUUUUAACCCCUUAAGGACACAUGACAUGUGUGACAUGUCAUGAUUCCCUUUUAUUCCAGAAGUUUGGUCCUUAAGGGGUUAAUUGACACUAUAGACAUCUUAAUCUACAUUUGUGUUUCUUGUAUGUACUUUUAGUAAAUAGUCCUGCACUGAAACAGUUUCAAAAUACAUUGUUUUAAUAACUACACACACAAAGCAAUCACAAUGCCGUGCUUUUAUAACACUUACAACUUUUAUUAAGGAUUUCAAUAUUAGGUUGCACACAAAACAUGCUUGUAAAAUUCAGAAUUAGAUUUGUCAGAGGUGUCUAUGUUUUCUUAUCUGUGGCCUAAAUACUCAGGUGAAAUUGAUACAUUUCUGGCUUAAUUAUUUGACAAGGUUUGUACUGUACAGACACACACACACCAAACUGCCACCAGUCAUAUGGAGAAUUCUUGUUCUGAAGUUUUUAUUUUACCAUUAACAGCAGUGUGCAUGUUUGCACAUUUUGAAAGUUAUUUACUAAAUAACAAAUUCUAGUAAUCUGAGACUGGCAACAUUUUGUUCAAAAUAGGAGAGUUGUUGAAUAAAAAAAUCAGUCAGGCAAGAUUUACACACCUUGGAUAUUUUAGCCUAAAUUUUGCAAGCUGAUUAGCAAUAUAUUGUUUAGUAAUUAGUACAUUUUUGUUUACUUACUCAUUAUACUUCUAUAAUAUGUUAUUAUUAUUCCAUACCAUUUUACAUUCAUAAAUUAUAUCUCUACAAGAUGGCAGUAUACAAGUCAGCCUGCAGUUUCCUACAUAAUAGAGAUCCCUGGAUUUAUCUGAGCCACUGUACUUACUGUAUUAACAUUUAUUGUAUUAUCUUUAGUUUAGUUAUUAAAACUUUUCGGAGUAUUUUUUUUUUUUUAUUAGCUUAGGCUUAUUAAAAUAAUGUCUCCUGUUUUAAUAAUAUUAUAAUAUAUUUAAAAUGUAAUUUUCAACACUCCUUGAUUGCUGGUUUAUUGAAUACUCUUACUGGUAUUAAUUCUGGUACAGAAGUGAAGGAUUCUUUACAUGUGCUGUGUAUCCAAGCACUGGCACAAAAUGGUUACUUAUACAAGGACACUAUUCCUGCCCUUAUGUACUUUCAAAGCACAAUGUUUCAAUACUAUAAAGCUGAAAAAUGGGCACUGCUGUCCUGCAGAUUAUUCUGCACUCUUAACAAUGCCUUAAAAAUACAUCUCAAGGCAAAGCAAGGAAAUUAGAAUCAAAAGGAGAGAAUUAACCUCUUCAUAACCUAUGACUUGUCUGGAAUGUGAUAAUGAAAAGGAAAUACUUGUCAUAAAAGGGUUAAAGAAAUAUAUAUUAUCAUUUCAAAUAGAAACCAUGGUGUAUAACAGGGUCAUUUAAAUCAGCACUGCAUAAACACUGCCAACAACAUUAAUAUAAGUAGCAUAUUAAUGUUUAUCUCAUUUUUACAGUAUUGUUUUUUUUUGUGAUACUUUUUUUAAAGCUAGACUAAUUCAAGCACAGUCCAGAAACAGUAAAUUAUAUUCAAGAACGUCUUUUUUUGUGUGCUAAAUACUGCAUAUCAGACAUGUGAUUUUUGCUUUCUCACAAUGUACGGUAUAUCAUGUUGAUAUAUGUAUUGCCUCUCAUUUAUGUGCCAUUUAUAGUUACCUUUUAAUGUAUAUAUUGUCAGACUUGUGUACUGUGAAGCAUAAAUUAACUUUAAUUAAGCAUGUUUACAUUUUACCAGCAACUUGAAAAUUUAGAACAAACAAAUUUCAAAACCGUGUUAUUCAGUGAAAAAAAAACAAAUAAUACUUGCAUGAGCAUUACAUGAUAUUCAGUGAUCAUGUUCUAGAAAGCAUUUCAUUUCACACACUGGAGGUAUUUUAUACUACUGUCCCUUUUAAUAAUGGUGACUUCUGAAAUGGAAUCAUGGAAUUUCUGGUUUUGCUAAGGCACCCUUUUAGCAAAUGCUAACUUGGCACCUGAGAUGUCUGAGGACAAUUCCCAUGAUGCUUGCCUUCAUGCAAACUGAGCAACGUGAGGAUUGAAGUUUUCAAAGAUCCGAGGAGUGAAAGUUAGAAAUCGCUGCAUUAUAUAAUUACAAUGUUAAAUGUUUCACCUCAAAUGUUUCUAAGGGGGAAAAAAAGUGUUAUUUUUUAGGUAAAAUGUAUUCAGAUAUUGGUAAAAUGUUUUAAACUACAACAGCUUGUAUUAAAUGCUCCCAACAUAUUUGCCAAAAUUAGACCUGGAGCAAAAAUGCUAUUUUUUUUUUUAAGACUGAGCAGAAAUGGUGCAGUUACCUCUACAAUUACUGCUCCAAAUUCAGUGUUACAAAGUUACAUAGGCUGGAAAGAGACAUGCGUCCAUCAAGUUAAGCCUUUCUCGUAUCUAGUUUUGUUGUUGAUCCAAAAGAAGGCAAAAAAACAAAAAACGUCUAUAGCACUCUCCAAUUUUGCAACAAACUUGGAAGUAGUUUACUCCAAACACGCUUCUGUUUUAACUUGAUAAAUGUUCCUCUCUCCAUUUCAACUUCUGAUUUUUUUUAAUGUUUAUAAUUGUAUGUUGCAUUGUUUUGCUGUUAUCCUAUGUUCAGUACUUACUUACACCUCCUUGAAUGAUUAAAUCACUUCAAUUUGUUAUAAUAUCUGUAAAGUUCUAAUCUCUCUGUCAAGGUUAAUCACUAAAGUAAGAAUUUAAAGUGACCUCAAGUUGAAUUUAAAACUUUAGGCUAAGGUAACCGAACUGGAAGGGUGGGUGACUCAGAGAAUUCUAACAGUUCAGCUAUUUUGCCUUGAAUUUGAAAUUCACUUUGAAUUCUCACUUUGGUUUAUAACUCUUUCUGUGUUACAAAGCACACUCAUGAAUGCAUUUUUCAAUAUGUGAAUGAGGUUUAGGCAUGGUUUUCAUAAAUAAAGGACUUUUUAAGAAAUAA